UCUCCUCUGUUCCAGCUGGUCCCAGUCCUCCUCCUCCUGGCUCCACUGUUGACCAGCUGCCAGAAGCAAGUCCUCCCACUGGACUGCAGUGACAUCUAUGACCAUGACCACAGCCGACCUAGUGGCGUGUACACCAUCUAUCCCAUCGGAUCCACAUCUGCUGUCCAGGUGUUCUGUGACAUGAAUUCAUUGGGAGGACGGUGGACAGUGUUUCAGAGGAGGAUGGACGGCUCUGUGAACUUCUACAGGCCCUGGGAUCAAUACAAGGUCGGCUUUGGUAGCGCUGCUGGAGAGUACUGGCUCGGUCUUGAGGCUCUCUUCCACCUGACUCUGAAGAAAAAGUACGAGCUGCUGGUCGACAUGGAGGACUUCAGUGGGAAAAAAGUGUUUGCUAGUUACUCCUCGUUCGCCAUCGACUCAGAGUCCAGCGGAUACAAACUGCAUGUUUCUGGAUUCACUGAUGGAGGAGCAGGAGACUCCCUUUAUUAUCACAACGGACAGAAGUUCACCACCCUGGACAAAGACCAGGACAACUUUGACGUCAACUGUGCCAGAAGACACCUGGGGGCUUUCUGGUACAACGGCUGCCAGAAAGCAAACCCCAACGGCGUUUAUCGCUGGGGGGUCGAUGACGUUCUCUUUGCUGUCGGAGUGGAGUGGGAACUGUGGAAGAAUAAGAACUACUCCAUGAAGACCUUCAGCAUGAAGAUCCGUCCUGUGAAUUAAUCCUCGGGGACCAAUGAGCAGCAGAAUAUCAGCUGAUGAAUUCUUAUGAUUUCUUUCUCUUUCCCUCAUUAAACAUUUCAUUUGAAGCAAAAGAAAACCAUCUGAUGUUUGUACUUCCUAGCCUUGUUUAGACCGCAAGCCCAAAUUUAUUGUCAUAUUAAUUUUUGGGUUGAUACCAUUUGGUACACAG